GACAACCCCCGAGAACGUUCGUUCUGAUAGAACUAUCUGGAAUGUUCAAGCAAGAUCAUGAACCUUAAACCAAGAAAAGUCUAAACUACUUUUCUGGUUUGAUAGGAGCAGGAUUAUGUAGAUAUUGCCUUACCUUGUACGCCGAUCUACUGAGUCGGUUAGUCCUUUUCUAUAUAAACCCACUUCCCUGCUCUCUUCUUCUCAUCUCAACAAAGAAUCAGAUAUCAAUUUGUUUUCUUCUUCAAUCUCUCUCAAAGAAUCGUCUCCUUUCUUUUCCUUUAAAAAAUAUGCAGAUCUUUGUCAAAACUUUAACCGGGAAAACAAUUACUCUGGAGGUGGAGAGCUCUGAUACCAUCGAUAAUGUGAAGGCCAAGAUCCAAGACAAAGAAGGGAUCCCACCUGACCAACAAAGGUUGAUCUUCGCCGGAAAGCAGCUCGAAGACGGCCGUACUUUGGCCGAUUAUAACAUCCAAAAGGAAUCUACUCUUCACCUGGUCCUCCGUCUCCGCGGCGGUAUGCAAAUCUUUGUCAAGACCCUCACCGGCAAGACCAUAACUCUUGAGGUCGAGAGCUCCGACACAAUUGAUAACGUAAAAGCCAAGAUCCAAGACAAGGAAGGCAUCCCUCCUGAUCAACAGCGUCUGAUCUUCGCCGGAAAACAACUCGAAGAUGGCAGGACCCUUGCAGAUUAUAACAUUCAGAAGGAGUCGACCCUUCAUCUAGUUCUUCGGUUGAGAGGAGGGAUGCAGAUCUUUGUGAAGACCCUCACCGGCAAGACCAUAACCCUUGAAGUUGAAAGCUCGGAUACGAUUGAUAACGUGAAAGCGAAGAUUCAAGAUAAGGAAGGGAUCCCACCUGAUCAGCAGAGGCUCAUCUUUGCUGGGAAGCAGUUAGAGGAUGGAAGGACCCUCGCCGAUUAUAACAUCCAGAAGGAGUCCACUCUCCAUCUUGUGCUCAGGCUGCGCGGUGGGAUGCAGAUAUUCGUGAAGACAUUGACAGGGAAGACCAUAACACUGGAAGUGGAGAGCUCGGACACAAUUGAUAACGUGAAAGCAAAAAUUCAAGAUAAGGAGGGGAUUCCACCUGAUCAGCAGAGGCUGAUAUUUGCAGGGAAGCAGUUGGAGGAUGGGCGUACGCUUGCUGAUUACAAUAUUCAGAAAGAGUCCACACUCCAUCUUGUGCUCCGUCUUCGCGGUGGCGGUGGUGAUUGUUAGAUGAGUUAUCUGCUUUCAAAGUGCUAUCUCUCUGUUUUUCCAAUAGUUGUGUUUUGUUAAAUAAAAGCUAUCUGCUUGAAUGCUUUAAUCCCUUCAUGGGAAGAACUUGUACCGAGGAAAAAUUGAUGGCAAAAGUAUGAAUACUAAAACCAUAUAUUAAAAAAUUCCUUAAAA